UCGUUUCCGUGAACAUCCCGCCCACUCAGUCACUGAAAGAUACCAGGAAAUACACGGCAGAGACUGUAAACGAAACAUACUCACACACACAUGUACGCUGAGCUGGACUGGACUGGAUCACAGAGACUGACAGUAGAAGUUUGAGGACAACAUGUCAGCGUGUGUGUUCGCCUUCAUUCUGACACUGUCAGCGUUAAGCAGAGCCACAGUGGAAUCAGGAUUCGUCAGCCCACCCACUAAUGUCCGCUUGACUUCCUACAACAUGAACCUGGUGCUGAGGUGGAGUCCACCUGAAGGAGCAGCCAGCAACCUGCUCUACUCAACUGAGUAUAGAACGUCAGUCACAGAAUACUCAGUAGGAUUUGUCAACAUCUCCACGCUGGAAUGUGACUUUACUCGCCUCAGCCAUCUCUUCAUCUCAGAGCACGGAAAGUACUUUGGCAGAGUGCGAGCACAGGUGGGGUCAGAGAGUUCUGCCUGGGUGGAAAGUAACAACAUUACCUUGGAUAAAGACACCAUCAUUGGUUCACCCAAUGUCUCUCUCAUCUCCAGUGGAGCGACUAUUGAAGUCAGCAUUAAAGAUCCAGUGUUUGCCAUCUCCGCACUCAGGAAUGUGUACAUUUAUGCCACUUACAACAUCACUUACUGGAAGCACAGCCAGCCUGAAAAGGCCAGACACAUCAGCAAUAUAAAGCAAAACCCAUUUGUUCUGAAUGACCUGGACCCAUGGACUAAGUACUGUGUCCAAGUUCAAAUCAACACAGAGAGGAACCCCAUACCCAGUAAGCCUAGUGGAAUUGUCUGUGAGAGAACCACCAAUGAGGAAGAAGCUGAUUGGGUGCCAGCGUUGGUGUCGCUGAUCUUCUCUGUAGCAGCGAUGGCUCUGGUGGUGAUCGCAGUGGUGUAUCGAAAGAGUAUAUCCAACAUUCUGUGUCCAAAAGAUGCACUGCCCCAGCACUUUAAAGAGUACCUGUUGACACCCCACAAGGUCAGUAUAAUCACAGACGACACGUCGGAGGACGGGAGCCCUCUGGAAGCAACAAAGAUGACCUGCAGCAAACAGUUGGAUGUCACAGUGUUUGUGGACGGCAGGACGAGAGACUUAACGGCCAGUGAGGAACAGUGAAAUAUGCUUUCCUCACUCUACCACUAUUGUAGGUAACUGAACAGUAAAGUGCUUAUGCUAGGUGCUACAAGAUGCUCAUCCACCUGUCUUUGAGAAGAAUUCUGUAUUUUAAAAAUACAUUUUGUGAAGUUUUUAUACUUUGGGUUGGUUUUCCUCCCUGUGGCAAUAUGAUGGUUGAUGUGAACUGUACUGUGAGUGUCUUUAAAAUGUCAAGUUUCUGCAGGACUGCCGUUGUUAAUUGAAGGUGAAAUAAUAAAAAAUAAUUUCUGAGUGUUGGUGUCUCUGGCAAGCUGUCCAGGGUGUACCUCGCCCUUUGUCAGCUGAGAUGGAUUAGCCCUGACCUUAAACAACGCAUUGGGACUUAUAAAAACACACCACAGACAUACAAAUUCAUAGACGCCUCAUGAUCAGCAGCAUCAUAUGUUGACGCCGAACGCUUUUCUAGUCUUUCACCCAUUCACUCACACUUUCAUACAGCUUAUCUAUGUGCAGCACAUUUUCUAUCACUCAUCGUUCAUACUCCUUCACACGCUGCCGUCAGGAGCAACGCGGGGUCAAGUGUCUUGCCCAAGGACACAUUGACAUGUAGACUAGCAGAGCCGGGAAUGGAACCACAACCUUUAAGUUGAAUGACGACUCACUGUCCCGCUGAUUAGUAGAGAAGUCUCAUUUAUGUGCUUUGUAUUUGUGUCUAUUAAAGGAUACUGUUGAUUUGGUGUGCAAUACAGUCAAUGUUAAAUGUU